GAUUAUGGCUAUCUAACUAGACCACGGUCGAGAAGAAGCGAUCGAGUGAAUGUACGACUAUUCUCUUUCCUGCUACUCCGCACAACUCCGUGUUCUCUCAUCUCUCUCUCCCCUCUCUGUAAUCUCUCUCGUCACCGACGGCCGCCGGAGCCGUCAAAUUCCGGCGACUCCUUCACUUUCUGCCGGAAAAUUUAUCGGAUCUCCGAACAGUUUCGGUCAUUUUCGACUCGAAUCGGUUCACAAAUCGAACAAUCUUCUCCAAUUUUGUUUGCUAUAUAUGUUGAUUAAAAUUGAAUACUUUCGCGAUCAGUACUUGGCUUGAUCGAUGAAGAUUGAACAUUACUGGUAAUGUAUGAGAGAGCUGGAGUUUUUUGUGCGCUAUUUGUGGAAGGAAUCUUCGAGAAAAGGCAAAUGUAAUGUUUCCUUUUUUAUGGUAAUUUUUGGUGAGGUUUGAAUUGAAUUCGAGAGCGCGUUUGGUUUCGUUUCCAUUUUUAGCAAUUCUGGAUCUCGAAACUUUCAGUAUUUUUGAUGGAUUUGGUGUUAGUUUAGGGCGUUUUUGUUUUUGAUCUCGCAUUGAUUGGAAUCGAGGCGGUUUUGUAGAUUUUGAUCCAAAUUGAAUCGCUUCGAGUCUGUAAUUAGGGUUCUUGGGGUGUGAAUGGAUGGGAGAGAGGGGAUCGAGAUAGAAGAGUGAGGAGAGAGAGUGGUGAUGGGGUUGAAGAAGGUGGGAGAGAGCAGAGUGGCGAAGCUGAAGAGUUCGAUGGUUUCGAGGCCUCGAAUGAAGCUGUGGAUGAUCAGAGCUACGACGUCGGUGUUGUUGUGGACUUGUUUGGUGCAGUUGACGGCAUUGGGGGAGAUGUGGGGACCUAGGGUUUUGAAAGGUUGGCCUUCUUGUUUCUCUCACGAUUCACCUGCUUUGGACCUCAAAUUAUCGAAUUCACUUCCUGCAAGAGCUCUUCCACCCAAGAGGGUUUAUAAGAACAAUGGGUACCUGAUGGUUUCAUGCAAUGGAGGGCUUAAUCAAAUGAGGGCAGCGAUAUGCGAUAUGGUUGCAAUUGCAAGAUAUUUAAAUGUUACACUUAUAGUUCCUGAGCUAGAUAAAACUUCUUUCUGGGCUGAUCCCAGUGAGUUUCAAGACAUAUUUGAUGUUGGUCAUUUUAUUUCAUCCUUGAGAGAUGAGGUUCGGAUAUUGAAAGAGCUACCUCCUAGGCUCAAGAGGAGAGUUGAGCUAGGAAUAAUCCAUACCAUGCCGCCCAUUAGUUGGUCUGACAUUUCCUACUAUCAUGAUCAGAUUCUUCCUCUGAUACAGAAAUACAAAGUUGUGCAUUUGAAUAGAACUGAUGCUCGGCUUGCCAAUAAUGGCCAGCCAGCUGAGAUUCAGAAGCUGCGUUGCCGAGUAAAUUACAGUGCUCUCAGAUUCACAUCUCAGAUAGAGGAGUUGGGUAGAAGGGUUAUCAAGCUUCUAAGGCAACAAGGGCCUUUCCUAGUACUUCAUCUCAGAUAUGAAAUGGACAUGUUAGCGUUUUCUGGCUGUACUCAGGGCUGCAACAGUGAGGAGGUAGACGAGUUGACAAGAAUGAGAUAUGCUUAUCCAUGGUGGAAAGAGAAAAUUGUAAACUCCGACUUGAAGAGGAAAGAUGGUUUAUGCCCUUUGACACCUGAGGAAACUGCGCUUGCUUUAAAGGCACUAGAUAUUGAUCAUAAUAUCCAGAUUUACAUUGCAGCUGGAGAAAUCUAUGGUGGAAAAAGGAGAAUGGCUAGUCUUGCAGCGGCGUAUCCAAAAUUGGUGAGGAAGGAGACACUGUUGGAGCCAUCAGACCUUAGGUUUUUCCAGAAUCAUUCAUCACAGAUGGCGGCAUUGGAUUAUCUUGUUUCCUUGGAGAGUGAUAUUUUUGUUCCUACAUAUGAUGGAAACAUGGCCAAAGUUGUUGAAGGCCACCGCAGAUACGUAGGGUUCAAGAAGACAAUUCUAUUGGACAGAAAGCUUUUAGUUGAUCUGAUAGACCAAUACAAUAGUGGAGCACUAAGUUGGGAUGAAUUCUCAUCUGCCGUAAAGGAAGUUCACGCAGAUCGCAUGGGAAACCCUACUAGAAGGUUAGUAAUUCCCGACAGACCUAAAGAGGAGGAUUAUUUCUAUGCCAACCCCGAGGAGUGUUUGCAACAACCAUCAGAUGAACUGUUGUUGAAUAGUGCAUGAACUUUUAGGAGGUUGGUGGUUGCAUUUGAUCAAUAUAUCCUCCAGAUUUAGAGAUAGCAGUUCUUGACAGACAUUUUGCCAGAGAUGGAUUUUGUUCUGAGCCAGCAAAUCUUGAAAAGAUCAUGGUGGAAGGUACAUCAAUGUCUCUUCAUAUAUUCCAAUAAACAAAUUCAUGUAUAGAAGCUGCCUUGCCAUUGCAGGGUGAGAUAUCGAUCGACUCAAACUGCAGUGUGUACACAAAGAGGGUUGCAACAGUUCUUCUAGGAACAUGGAAACCAAUCAUAGAAUUGGAUCCGAUUCUUUGAUUGGUUUAAUGUGUUCUUAGACUUCUUCUCGCAAUUAUAGAUUCGGCUAAUCUGGAAAUGUGGGUUCUUGGAAGAUUAGUCCAUGGUCCUUCCAUUUUUAUGUUUUUGCUAUAUUUUUAAUUGGGUAUACCUACCUACCUUUGAUUGAAGACCUAGUCAAAGCAUGUUUAUAUGACCAAUAUAGACACAUAGGGCAUGUUGUGGGCUCUCUCAACCAUAUCAAUAGUUGGGCUUCAAUGGGAUGUUUGUUAAGUGGUUUAUUUAUUGAAUUGUGUGUAUAGGGAUCAAAAUCUUUUGUAGAAUAUGCUUGAGCUAUAUGACAAAUUUCCAAUCAUUCUAUUGAUUCGUCAAGGUUAUUUCA